ACAAAGACAAUCAUACGUCAUCGAGCGCUGGUAAAGACCCUGUCAUGCGGUUCAAUUUAUCUCCACAUAGAUUUGACAACAAAAUUUGAGAGGUGAUAAUCGUAAGAAAUAUAGCUUCAAAUUUUCUCCAUCAAGUAGACUUGAACAGAUAACCUCAAAUCCUAUCAAAGUUAAUGAUUGGUCUGAGUUAGCUGAAAAGUUUCAGAAUGUACUUUAUUAAGUUUUGGUUCGAAAUUUUUUUUUUAAAUUUUGUGAUUUUUAUGCAUUUCUUAAUUUUUAAAAGAUUGUAAAUUUAAAUCACAUUAAUGUUCGUUGCUCAAUAAAACGAAUAUUUUGCGAUCUUUAAAUGUUAUAUGUUAUAACCUCUUUUUUUUUUGUUCUCCCAUAUGUCUUUCGCCAUUUUAAAGAUUCGCAGUGACGCAAAAGUCCUCCAUUUACGUUUUAAUUCGGCACGAAUGCAUAAUUGCGUCAAACAUCCAGAAUAUUUUAGAAAAAUUCCUAUAUACAAUAUAUUUGCUGGAAGCUAAAAUCAUCAAUCUUGUCAAAAAAAACAUGGCUCCGCUAGUAACGUGCUCAGUGACGUCAUAAUCCUCCCAACAUUAUUUGUCCAUCUUUGUUGGAAGGUGUUGCAAGCGAAAGCUUGCCAGUGUGACAGGAAUUCUGCUCGUACAAUGCGCGGUCGCGACCGAUCUUUCGCUGAAGUCUCGCCCGUUAAGUAUUACAGUAAUUCCCGCCUGCUAAGGCUCUGAGCUUGUGCGCUUUUCCCUCGCGUCAGAUGUUUGUUUUCCUGCGGUUGUGACUUUUCUCUGGCCCUGCGUCAUGUUUUUUUUCUUCUUCUUUAGACGGCAUGGUGUGAUGAAUCACUUAUUUACAAAGCGAAGGCGAUCUUUCUGCGUCAAAUAGAAAAAAAAACUUUCAAUUUUGUUGUUGUUGUUUUUUCACCUCGCAUGGUUAUAGUGGGCUUCGAUUCAUUUGUUUGCCGACUCUGUGCUCAUAAAUUAGAAAAAUUUGUUUAAAAAAAUUAUACGUGAGAUGUAUUUCAGUUAUGUAUUAGUAGAGACCUGCAAAUUUCGCGUAUUCAUUCGGGGAUAGGCUAGAAUUCAAACACAUAUACCUCUUAGAUAAUUUUGCUAUUGGCUUACUGUUCACCUGGACGAAUCUCAACCAGUUAUAAACCCUCAACCAAAGAAGGAUCGAAUCACAGACAAACCAGCUGAGACGACUUACAAGUCGGCAGCCAAUGAACUUGCGUUAUUUGCCCAAAUGUACAGGGGUAUGUGCAGUCUAUCCUGAAGGCCAUCGAAACCGCGAAUUUUGCAGGUCUCUAUGUAUUAGAUUAGAUAUGAAAAUUAUUUUUUUACAUACUUGUAGGGAAGUUAUAAUCAUCUAAUUUGGUUGGAAUAUUCGCACAUUCAACGUCCACAAGCGUGUAAAUUUGGAUUGUUAAAGCUGCAGUACAAUUAUGGAAAUAAGUAAAAUAAUGUGAGUAAUUUGAUAAUAGAUGUAGUUGCUGGCACAAUCUCAGGAAAAACCAAUGGAUAUGGGGAGGAAUUAUUUUUUUUUUGCGAAAAAAUCUAAAGCACAUUAGGUUCCAGCAAGGAAUACCUCAGAUUUUUCUUCCUUGUAAUUGGCGGCCAUCUGCGAGAUAAGUCGUUGCCUUAUUUGACCGAGCCACUCAGGACUCGUUUGCUUCCGCACUGAAUUUCUGUGAUUGGUGUAACGACAGUAGACAUGCACCUGGAAAAAAAACCCUCACCCAAUGAUGAAACACAGACGAUGCUACAGUGUUAUAACUUACAGCUGGUCUCGAAAUCUCUUCGUGAAAAUCAGCAGCUGAUGCCGGAACAUCAGUAGCGCGACGGUGCUAUGCGAAGAUGACGAUGCAACAGAAGAAUAUCACAUCUUUGUAAAUAUUACUCGCGCGACAAGCAAAUAUAAAAUUUAUAUGUUUUCUGCAGUUACAUACCUACGCACCAAACAUACGACAACCAUAAAUGCUUGCAGGUUUUCGUAGUACGUAUGUUUCAGAGGGGUAGCAGGCACUAGGACGACAGUCCUUUCACCAAAAGUUUGGAGAAAAGACUUAAGGUCUAGUGCCUUUCGGUUUAAAGCCUGUUCCGUCUAGUGCCUUUCGGCCUAGUGCCUGUUCGAUCUAGUACAUUUGGUUCAAACGCCUGUUUCCAGAGUCAAGACAUAUUCCCAGCGAGAUGAAUUUUCAAGUUUUCGGCCUAGAGCCUUUCGGCUAAAUGACUUUCGGUGUAGUGCCUUUCGGUCUAAUGACUUUCGGUGUAGUACCUUCAGGCUGAAUACCCUUCGGUCGAGAAAUUUUCGGCCUACUGACGCGUCCCCGCAGGGCCGCCACACGUCCGGGCAGCGACUUCCCUCGCGGAGCGGAUGUGUUCCCGGCAGGCUGUGCGUCAACGCGCGAGUGAUUCACGGUCGCCGGAGUAGGGGGAGGAGCUAACUUCUUACGUACUCCCCGCGGGGCGGUGUUGGGGACUCAGUCGAUAGCGCGGCGCCGGGAGAGAGCGAGCACGAGCCAUGAAGGACAAGAUCACCUGCCCGAUGGGCAGCUUCACGUCGGCGCCCCGGAUCCCCAACGACGACACGCAGGACGCGGACGUGCGCCUGCCGGAGAGGAUGAGCCGGGACGAGCUGCUGGAGCGGUGCCGGCGCGAGCUGCGCGGCCUGCCGGCGCUGGUGAAGCGCGCCUUCCACCGCGCCGGGCGCCAGUUCGCCGACGCCGCGCCGGGCGGCCUGCGCCUGCUGCACUGGAACGUCCUCUCCAAGGGAUGUGAUGAGGCUGUGUCCAGUCCAAACAACAUUCGAGUUCUCCAGUGGAACCUUUUAUCACAAGCUCUGGGCCAGAUGAACGACAACUUCGUUUGCUGUCCAGACGAAGCGCUGGAGUGGAAAACCAGGAGGUUCCUCAUCGUCGAAGAAAUCAUAGAGUACAGCCCUGACGUGAUAUGUUUGCAGGAAGUGGAUCAUUUCAGCUUCUUGAAGACUAUUUUGGCGACGCAAGGCUACGAAGGAAUGUUUUUCCCAAAACCGGAUUCGCCCUGCCUGUACAUAAAGGACAAUAACGGCCCCGACGGAUGCGCAAUAUUCUACCGCAAGGACAAGUUUGAGUUGCUCAAGGCGGAGACGAGGGUGCUCGAAGUGUGGAGGGUGCAGAGCAACCAGGUGGCCAUCGCGGCGCUGCUGAGGGUGCGCGAGACGGGCCGGGAGCUGUGCGUGGCCACGACGCACCUGAAGGCGCGGAGCGGCGCCCUGCUGGCCGCGCUGCGCCACGAGCAGGGCAAGGACCUGCUGGGCUUCGUGGCGGCGUGCUGCGGCGGCCGGCCCGCCGUGCUCUGCGGGGACUUCAACGCCGAGCCGUCGGAGCCCGUGUACCGCACGCUGCUGGGCGACCAGCGCCUGCGCCUGGCCAGCGCCUGCACGCUGCUGCGCGGCGACGGCCGGGAGCCGCCCUACACCACCUGGAAGGUGCGCGAGGAGGGCGAGGUGUGCCACACCAUUGACUACGUGUUCUACGCCAGCGAUGCCUUCGCGGUGGACGCCGUGCUGCGCUUCCCCACCGGCGACGACAUCGGCGAGGGCCGCGUGCCGUCCUUCGCCUACCCGUCCGACCACUUCUCCCUCGUGUGCGACCUGAGGUUCGCCGACUCCCAGGCCACCUUGUCUUGAGAGCGUCCAUUACCUGUUUGUGUGAGAUUUAAUUUAUUUUUAUUAUCAAUAAAAUUAACAUUUACUUUUA